UUUGUGUCAACAAGGCAGCAGAGAAGGAUCUGGAAGUGACAUAAUAAACCAAACACAGCCAAGGGAUGUCAAUGGAAUUAGACGUAUUUGUGGGCAACACCACCAUCAUCGAUGAAGAGGUGUACCAGCUGUGGUUGGAUGGAUAUUCAGUGAGCGAUGCGGUGAAGAUGCGGCUAGAGAGCGGUGCUUUUCGUGAGAGUGAUGUCAGCAGAGAGGUCCUGCACAGUGACACCAUGGACCAGUACAGAACCUUCCAGAUGUGCGAGCGCCUUUUGCACUGCCCCUCAAAACUGGCCAAUCAGCUCCUUUUUCAAAUCCCUACCCAACGGCAGGCUAUGUUCGUAGAAAGGUAUUAUGAAUUCGACCAUAUGUUUGCCAGAGAGGUUUUGGGAAAGAAGCUUUCUAAAGGGACCAAGAAGGACCUGGAUGAGAUCAGCUCGAAGACAGGCAUCGCCUUAAAGAGCUGCCGUCGUCAGUUUGACAAUUUCAAGCGAGUGUUCAAAGUGGUGGAGGAGCUGAAAGGCCCCCUGGUGGAGAACAUUCAGCAUCACUUCCUCCUGUCUAAUUCACUGGCCAGGGACUACGCUGCCGUCGUGUUCUUUGCUAAUAGCCGAUUUGAGACUGGCAAGAGAAAGCUGCAGUAUCUGUCUUUUCAGGACUUUGCCUUCUGUGCAGGCCAGCUCAUCAGUUAUUGGACUGUGGGGGCUGUUGGUAAGAUGCCUGAGCUCACAGAUGACAUGAUGGAGGACAUGGAUGUAGAUCUGGAGAAAGAGUUUUUGCAUGAUCUAAAAGAGCUAAAGGUUCUGGUUAAUGAUAAAGACGUGCUGGAUCAACACAAAAGUCUGGUUUGUUCCCAGCUUAAAGGAAAAAUCAAGGUCUUCACUGAAGUUGAGGCUAAUUUUAAGAUUCUGUCCAGAGCGCUGAUUAACAUCGCAUCCAAACUCACAAACACCAAAGAUGUGCGGGAUUUGUUCACCGACCUUGUCGAGAAGUUCAUUGAACCUUGUCGAUCUGAUAAAUGGUCCACUGGAGAUCUCAGGCUUUUCCUCACUCACUACACCAGCACUGCCCACAUGCUUGAUGCAUUCAGGUAUCCAGUGAUAUGGGAGAGAUAUAUGGGCGUCAUCAGAAGCUGCAUCCUGAAAAUGUAUCAUGAUUAA